AUGUCGAACACGCAUGCCGGGUCCAACAAUUUUUGGGCCGAUUUCCUCCUCGGAGGAGUGUCGGCAGCCAUCUCCAAGACGGCAGCUGCGCCGGUGGAGAGGGUCAAGCUGCUGCUGCAGAACCAGAACGCGAUGAUGAAGGCGGGACGGCUGGACCAUCCGUACACGGGUGUGGUCAACUGUUUCUCGCGCACCUACACCAGCGAAGGGCUUGUCUCGUUCUGGCGGGGCAACACGGCGAAUGUGAUCCGCUACUUUCCGACGCAGGCGCUCAAUUUUGCGUUCAAGGACUUUUACAAGCGGCUCUUCAGCUACGACAAGAAGACGGAGUACGGCAAGUGGUUCUUCGGCAACGUUGCGUCGGGCGGGCUGGCGGGCGCGACGUCAUUGGUUUUUGUCUACUCGCUCGACUAUGCGCGCACGCGGCUGGCCAACGACGCCAAGGGCGCGAGCGGCACGCGCCAGUUCAAAGGCCUCCUCGAUGUGUACCGCAAGACGCUCGCUUCGGACGGCAUCGCCGGCCUGUACCGUGGCUUUGUGCCGUCCGUCGUCGGCAUUGUCGUGUAUAGAGGUCUCUAUUUUGGUCUGUACGACUCUCUCAAGCCCGUCGUCCUCGUCGGACCGUUGGAGGGUAACUUUUUGGCCUCGUUCGCCCUCGGUUGGUCCUCCACGGCUCUGGCUGGCCUUGCGUCGUACCCGCUCGAUACGGUCAGGCGCCGCAUGAUGAUGACUUCGGGCACGGGCCAGAACUACAAGAACUUUGCCGUCGCUCUCGCAGAGAUCAUCAAGGCAGAGGGCGCGCACAGCCUCAUGCGCGGCGCAGGCGCCAACAUCCUCCGUGGCGUCGCCUCCGCCGGCGUGCUCUCCAUUUACGACCAGGCCCAGAUCCUACUGCAAAAGACCGCCGAGACCAUCAAAGAGUCGCCCGCCGUACAGAAGAUCGCCUAA